GCGGAGAGUCAAAUGCACGCAAAUUGCAAAUGGCGUCCGUCUGACGGAUGAUUGCUCGCGUCAAAAUGCAUCCGCGAUGUUGCAAAAACGCGUAAAAAGAUAUAUUAUAUCGCGAAACUAACUACAUUUACAGAAACAAACGGUAUGAAAAUACAGAUCCAGUAUUGACCUUAUAAAUAUACAGUCUAGUCUAAAACAGUUUCUACUAAAUAAAUUAUAAAACGGAAACGGUUUCGUAGUAGGUACUUUAGGAAGAGAAAAAUAUGAUAUUUUUUACCUGUUAGUAUUAAUAAUAAUAACACUGUGAUAAAAAGUUUUUUUCGAUCGUUAACUAAACGAAGUGGACUUUUGUGCAAUUCUAUAAAUAAAUAAAUAAUUCUAUAUAUUUAGACUAAGUGAAGGUUUUGUGCAAUUUUUCGCAAGUGAAACGGAAUGUUCGGCCAAAGAUAAUAUGCUUAGGUAGUUUAUGUGAUAGUUCGGCGUAGUGAAACAGAGAUGGCGCUACCACCGCAGCAGUUUUGUGUCCGGUGGAACUCUUACCAUACCAAUCUACAGGCAGUGUUCCCUCGGCUUCUUCUGACGGAGCAGUUUGCAGACGUGACCCUCGCGUGUGAGUCGCGACAGCUCCGUUGCCACAAGCUGGUCCUCUCAGCUUGCUCCGCAUACCUCGAGCGGCUGUUACUGCAGAACCCAUGUGACCACCCCAUCGUGCUCAUGAGGGAUAUGAGGUUCAGUGAAAUGCAAGCUCUAGUGGACUUUAUGUAUAAAGGCGAGGUGAACGUCACGCAGGACGAGCUGCCCAGCCUACUGAAGUCCGCUGAGGCGCUGCAGAUCAGAGGUCUAUGCUCAAGUGACACGUCGAGCCUGUCGUCGGAGCUGGGCGCGCUGGGCGGCGACAGUGCGCCGGCCAGCAAGGAGAGGGACUACACGGUCGCCAGCGACGCGCUCGUCGCCAACGCACAGAGGGAACACGCUACUAAUGGUACAACCACCCAACAACAGAAACCCCCACCCAACAACGCCCACACCACCCAGACCACUCACACGACCCACACGAGUAAUGGCACUAAAAAACGGAAGUCUGAAGAACGCGCAGAUAUUAAAGAGGAAACAGUCGAGGAAGAUGGUCUCUACUACGGGGAACUCGACAAUGAUAAUAUGGAAUUCAAUGAGGACGAUGAACCCGGAAAACCCGGCAGUAGUCUCGGACAACCAUCUGGUCGUCCCUAUCUCCGUGUCAAGCCGGAGAGCGAACUAUUCUUCCAGACCAAACUACAGAAUCUAGCCAAUUCUGAAUACAUCAGUAGGCUCGCCAAAAUGACGACAACGGAAAUAAGAAAUGAAUUUUCUAAAUACGGCUUCAACACGAACCCGACAGAGGAAUACACUCAAAAAUCUAACGAGAAAUCCGAAAAUGAUUAUUACAAAUCCUGGUUAGAACAGAAUGGUGAACUAGAGGUGUCUCUCCUAAAAGCCAGCCAAGUGAAAAAACCAAAGCCGGACCCGAAAAACCAAAAGUCCGAAGUAGAGCUGAUACCAAAGACAAAAGACGGUGUUGCCAAUAAAGAAAUUUUCAGUAAAAUCAGGGAGAAAUCUCAGAUGCGGAGGCGUGGUAGGCCGCCAAUAUUUAAGGAUAGAAAUAUAGAUAUCGGGGAGACUGUUCUUAAGUCUGAUUUGGACCAAUUUUUGGAAGGGAAGGAGGUUAGCUCGUCAGGGUUGUCGCGUAAAGAUCUGGAGCGUGUUAUGAUGGGCAAGUUCAACCCUAAUCGGCGAUACUCGAAUGAGGCCAUGUGGGCCGCACUCAUGGAUGUCAAGAAAGGAGGGAGUAUAUACAGAGCGGCCCAAACCCACAAGGUUCCGCGCAAAUCUCUCCGCAACUGGAUGAAGCGUUGCCACAUAAAGUCCUCGUUCCCGAUGCCCCAGCAACUAAAACAAUUCGUCGAGAACAACAAGAAACAGAAGGAGUACAAAUCCUUCGAGUACACGCCGUCCACGGAACAGAAUAAUUACAAAAGCGGUACUGAAACUGAAAAUUAUGACGCCGAGGAGUUUGGCAAGCAUUUCCUCUUCAACUCCACUCUGUCUAGUGAGGAUGAGGUCGGUAAGAGUGACGAGAAACAGGAGAAGAAAGGAGAGGACGGUACGUCAGCCUUAGACAUGUCUUUACAUGAAUGAGUUGAUUAGGUGGGCAGGAGUGAUUUGGCGAUUCUUGUGUGAGGGUCUAACAGAUUGGGGAUUGAGAGUAGACUUUUUAUUGUAUUAGGGAUUUUUUUGUU